CCUGCAAGUCCCAGAUACAGAUAUUGGCACAUACCAGCUCAGUGAAAAAGGAGAACCAGCCUCUUCUACAGAUCAGCAUUACUACAAUGAGAAACAGCAGUUUGCAGACAGAGCUGCUGCAGUCAUGCCCGGUCAUGAGUGUCAGAUGGAGAUGCAAACAGUGCUGUCAGCUGCUGUUGAGAUCAGGGGUAUUGGUGACCCUUAUCCUGGGCGGAGCUCAGGUCGAACGGGUGGCUAUUGACAGAACGCUGGUGGGGCGACUACCUGCUGACACCAUCAGCGACGCGGUGAUCGGCGAUCGCUUCCUGCUGUUCUCGCUGAUGGAGAGGAGUCAGGUGUGUCAGGUUUACCUGAACAGGAAGAACCAGAGCUCACCUGAGCUAGCACGACACAUGGAGAAACUCACAGCUACAGAGAUUAAGGUUUCAGUGGUGGAUUUACCUGGUGGAGGACGGCGCAUGGAGCGCAACGUGGGGCUGAACCGGACACAGGAUGUGGCCGUGUGCUGGUGGCCUCUCUGUAACGAGGAGGUAAGGCCUUGGUCUCCAGUCCCUAGUGCAGUGGACAGGGCCAACCUGGUGCUGCUCGCCUGCUCGGAUACACCAGGGCUUACGGUUUUGAGCUCUAUCCGAACUGAUGGAAACCCUAUAGACUGCAGAUUCAGUUUGACCCAACCCUACCACGUCCUGACCGCGGAGCUGCACCAAGAGGCCAAACACUCCACGUCUGAGCUGUACGAGGAGGCCCAGCCUCCUGAAGUCCAAACCUGUGUAUAUGAAUGUGCUCGUGGAUGUCUCCAACGUCUGUCCAGCUCUCCUCUACCCCUGACGUCCAAACCUAUAAUCUGUUGUCGUGACCCGUUGGAGCGCUGGGUUCUCCUGGGGCUUCAGGAUUGCUCUGUAGUUCUUUUUGACCCACAGACAGGCCACUCACAGUGGGCCUCCUGCUCCAUGGUGCCAGCGGUACUAGCAUGGCAUCCUUCAGGAGCUCUGCUGGUGGUGGGCGGAGGUCAAGGCGAGCUCCAGUGCUUUGAUAUGGGACUCUCGCCUCUCCCUCUGCGGUUAGUGAGUGAAGAACCGAUUCCUGGCUCUAUAGGCCCCAGCCUGCAGCUCUCUCGUCACAUAAAAACCUCUGAGGGGCUAGAGGGAAUGCAUUGGGCCUACUGUCCGAUAUCUCAUGGAAACGAGGGUCUGGAGGCACAUGACUUACUGCUGCUUCGGUUUCAUGGAGGGCCGCUUGCUGCACUGAGGCUAAGAUUAGGUGUGUUCAAUGGGGCUCAGCUAGGCCCAGGUGAUCUGGUACAGCACCGUUUGCGCUGUGAGGAGGUGAACACAGCACUGGGAAUUCUGGGUAAUAUGGACUGGGCCAUGAUGGGAGCAGAGUGUUACAGGUCACUCAGCUCCAUCACAGAUCACCUGCUGAGAAAACCACUGGACCAGCAAACUGAAGGUCAGUUGGAAGCUGUGCUGGGGAUGUUUUAUGCCCCCUGCAGACCCCUCUCAAACACUGUCAUACUGGAGUACAGAGAUCCCAUCAGCCGAUACGCCCGCCGAUUCUUCCAUCACCUGCUCAGACACCAGAGGUUUGAAAAAGCCUUCUUGCUGGCUGUAGAUAUCGGUGCGAGAGAUCUGUUCAUGGACCUCCAUUACGUGGCAGCAGAUAAGGGUGAGGUGGUGUUAGCCUCUGUAGCCAAGAAGAAGGCUAAUGAAAUAGACGCAGAGGCACAAACAUCGGCACCAGAUGAGUGUCAGUCACCGUACGAAGGGCAGAGUGGAGUCAAACCAUCAACCAUCAGCGAGAGGCAUGAUCACGACCCCGAACACUGGAGCAAUGCAUCAAGGGCCAGAGAAACGUCAACCUCCGAGGCUACGGACGAGUUCUCGAACGCCCUGACAAGUCAUCGCACCUGGCCUUGGAAACACACAGAAAUCAACCUUGUUGACCGGAACACCCAGGAUCAGUGGUGCGGCUUGUGGGCUGGGUUUAAUUCUCCACCUGUUUGGUGUAUGAGAUUACAAGCAGAAGAAAUGCAGAGGGAUACGCAGCGCGUGUCUCUAAAGAGGAGGCUGCCGUUUUCCCCCCACAGUCUUCAUACACAGCGGCCAUGUCAGAACUGUCGCCGGCCUGCUCUCCGAACUUAA